AUGGAUUCUUUACCUCCCCAUUUACAAGCCACUCGAGGCGCUGGCUCGGUGGCCGGGACAUUUUUCCGCAAUGCCAGUGCCCCGCGCAUCAAUACCGAUGCACAGAUAUUAGCCACCAUCCAAGGCAUCCAUCCAGGAGUGCCUGUAACCAUAGUUCCAGAAAAUAACUGCAACCUCAAGACCUAUGCUGAGACAGGGCUUGCAACAAUCGAGGCUCUCGACAAUGGAGCCCAGACAGGAGGUCCUCACUUAUACCCGGAAGCUUUGAAAUGGACAAUGUUCGUCCCGCCUUCUAGGCGGUUAGACGGUGGCAACGGGAUCGUCGCGGAGAGGGCCUUGUUCGAAACCUACCAGUACAAAUGGAAGAACAUGACUUUCCUGGUGUAUCUGGUUGACGGCCGCGACGGCAGCGAACCAUAUCCCAAUGUUCGAAACCAGUACAUCCUAGGGGACAAGGCGGAAGUGCGGACGCUUGUGGCGACAGUCGGACGCCACGACUCGGUACUGCACGGCGAGAUUUGGGUGUUCAACCAGGGUUACUGGCAGAAAGACGCCAACCUGUACCGAAGCAUCAUGAAGUCGCGGUGGGAGGAUGUGAUCCUAGACGAAGCCAUGAAGGACGACCUCAAGUAUACGGUAACGGGAUUCUACGAUUCGAGAGAGCAGUACAAGCGUCUCCGUGUGCCGUGGAAACGAGGCAUUAUCUUCUACGGCCCGCCCGGGAACGGCAAGACGAUAACAAUCAAGGCCACCAUGCACACGCUGUAUGAGCGAGACCCGCCGGUGCCGACACUGUACGUCAAGUCCCUCGCUAGUUUCAGCGGUCCGGAAUACAGCAUCGAGACCAUCUUCAGGAAAGCAAGGCAGGAGGCUCCCUGCUAUCUCGUCUUUGAGGACCUCGACAGUCUCGUCACCGACCAGGUCCGCAGCUUCUUCCUCAACGCUAUCGAUGGCCUAUCGGAGAACGAGGGCAUUCUCAUGGUCGGCAGCACAAACCACCUCGAGCGCCUUGAUCCGGGCAUCUCGAAACGUCCUUCCCGCUUUGAUAGGAAGUAUCUCUUCCCAGACCCCGAUUUCGACCAGAGAGUCAAGUACUGUCAGUACUGGCAGAAUAAGCUCAAGGACAACAAAGAGAUAGAGUUCCCUGAUGAAAUCUGUCCUGCUGCGGCUAAGAUUACUGAUGGCUUCUCUUUUGCGUAUAUCCAGGAAGCUUUUGUGAGUGCUUUGAUGGCGAUCGCCCGGCAGGAGACAACUGGGAAGCCAGCAGAUGUUGGCGGCGAGUCUGACUUGCUUGCUCGGUGGGAGGUGCUGGAGAUUGGAGAGGGGAGCAAGAAGGAGAAGGACUUGGAUGAUUACAUUCUGUGGAGGGAGCUGAAGCAUCAAGUUGAGCUUCUGCGAAAAGAGAUCUCAAGGGACGAUACACGGCAGUAG